AGGGGUUGGGGGUGGAGCGCGUUCCCGCAGCAACAGGGAAGAUGGCAGCCCUCACAUCUCUCACCCAGCUGUCGAGUGGGAACCCUGUUUAUGAGAAUUUCUACAGACAGGUGGAUCCAGGAAACACAGGGAGAGUGGGACCAACAGAGGCUGCCCUGUUUUUAAAGAAGUCUGGACUAUCUGACAUUACACUGGGAAAGAUCUGGGAUUUGGCUGAUCCUGAUGGGAAAGGGUACCUUGACAAACAGGGGUUUUACGUUGCUCUCCGCCUGGUGGCCUGUGCUCAGAGUGGACAGGAAGUCAGCCUGUCCAGCCUCAACCUCACUGUUCCUCCUCCCAAGUUUGUGAGUGUGAAAUCGAAGGACACCAGCAGUCCAUCUCUGAGCAACACCUGUGUCUCUGCUGAAUCCCACUGGGCUGUUAGGCCUGAGGAGAAGAAUAAAUUUGAUGGCAUUUUUGAAAGUUUGGCUCCAGUCAACGGCCUUUUGUCAGGAGAAAAGGUCAAGCCAGUCCUCAUCAACUCCAAGCUGCCUCUGGAUGUUCUUGGAAAGGUUUGGGACCUGAGUGACAUAGAUAAAGAUGGCCAUCUGGACAAAGAUGAGUUUGCUGUGGCCAUGCACCUGGUGUACCGAGCCUUGGAGAAGGAGCCUGUUCCUUCGCUCCUGCCCUCCGCCCUCAUCCCUCCAUCUAAGAGGAAGAAGAGUCUUUGUUCGGUGACCGGACCUGUGCCUGGACUACCAGCGAGCCCUCCACCCCCAAAAGACUCCUUGCGUUCCACCCCCUCCCAUGGGAGCAUGACCUCGCUCAACAGCACUGGCAGCCUGUCCCCCAAACACACACUGAAGUCAGGACAGCAUUCAUUGAACUGGGUGGUGCCGGUGUCGGAGCGUGGUCGCUAUGACGACAUUUUCCUGAAGACAGAUGCUGAUCUGGAUGGUUUUGUCAGCGGACAGGAAGUGAAGGAUAUUUUCAUGCAGUCUGGACUCUCUCAAAACCUCCUUGCUCAUAUAUGGGCUUUGGCAGACACUCGGCAGAUUGGCAAACUGACCAGGGAGCAGUUUGCUCUCGCCAUGCACCUCAUCCAACAGAAAGUAAGCAAAGGCAUUGACCCUCCUCAGGCCCUGACUGCUGACAUGAUCCCCCCAUCUGAGAGAGGCACUCCUGUACCAAGUGUGUCUGGAUACAUGACUCCGGUGGGAUCAGAGAUGGCUGCUCUGUCAGAAAUGAGAAGGGACAGCUCCAGUUCGGUGGGUUCUGGAGAGUUCACUGGCAUCAAGGAGCUGGAUGACAUCAGCCAGGAGAUAGCUCAAUUACAGAGGGAGAAGUACACACUUGAGCAGGACAUCAGGGAGACAGAGGACGCCAUCAGACACAAGAGUGCAGAGGUUCAGGAAAUGCAGAAUGACCUGGACAGAGAGACAAUCAGCCUACAGGAGCUGGAGGCUCAAAAACAGGAUGCUCAGGACCGCCUGGAUGAGAUGGACCAACAGAAACAUAAACUGGAAGACAUGCUGAAUGAAGUGAGGAUGAAGUGCCAAGAAGAGUCUCAGAUGAUCACCACCUUGCAGAGCCAGAUACACUGUCAGGAGUCAGACUUACAGAGCCAGGAGGAGGAACUCAGCCGGGCCAAGGCUGAUCUGGGCCGCCUGCAGCAGGAGGAGAAUCAGCUGGAGCAGAGCUUGGCUGCUGGCAAGAUCCAACUGGAAACCAUUAUUAAGUCUCUGAAGUCCACCCAGGAUGAGAUCAAUCAGGCUCGCAGCAAGUUAUCUCAGAUUCAGGACAGUCAACAGGAAGUUUCGAAGAGCAUCGAGCAGUACAACCGCAGCCUGAAUGGAACCCAUGGAGGUAGCAUGACCAACCUGGCCGACAUGAGCGAGGGCUUUGUUGACAGAGACAACGGAGGCUUCUCAGCAAUGGGGAGGGCCGUACAGGAAGAUCCAUUCAAAGUAAAGCCCCCUGUCUUCAACAGCCAGCCACAGGAGCUUCACACAGACCCUUUUCACUCUGAAGACCCUUUCAAAACAGACCCAUUUAAAGGUGACCCAUUUCAAAAUGACCCUUUUGCAAAGCAGCCAUCAUCAUCCACAGAUCCUUUUGGAGGAGACCCGUUCAAAGAGGCAGAUCCAUUCAAAGCUUCAUCAGAAGAUUUCUUCAAGAAAACCACAAAGAUGGAUCCUUUCUCCGCACCAGAUCCCUUCAGUAAAAGUGCCACUUUACCAUCCAAGCAAACUGGUCACUUUCCAGGCACUGACCCAUUUUCUUCAAGCCACCCAAAAUCCAGAGGACCAGAUCUGUUUGGCACUUUAGACCCGUUUGGGAGCAGUUCGUUCAAUAGCAGCACAAACAGCUCGGCUGGAUUUGCAGACUUCAGCCACAUGUCCAAACCCAGAGACACCUUUGAAGGACGGGCUAGCUGGCUGCCAGACUACCAGAAGCCUGUGUUUGCAGAUGACCCAUUUAGCAGGAAAAGUGACACACCAGCUCUGCCUCCGAAGAAGAGCGUCCCUCCAAGACCCAAACCCCCCAGCGGUAAAACAACACCAGUUAGCCUAACUGGUGUUGCAGAUUCCUCCAAACCAUGUGACCCCUUCCAGCCAUUCAGCACUGACAUCAUCGAUCCAUUUCAGAGUAAAAAAGGCCCAGGAGAUCCGUUCAGCGGCAAGGACCCCUUCGCCCCAUCCUCAGCAUCAAGUAAAGCACCUAAAGACUCGGGUUUUACAGACGUCAGCUCUGACCUGACAAAGUCAAGUUUGGGAAUGAGGCUCAGCAGCUGGAGUGGGCCAAGCGAGAGAGCGAACGAGCCGAGCGUGAGCGGCUGAAGAGGCUCCGACAGCAGGAGCAGGAAGACCUAGAGCUGGCCAUCGCACUCAGCAAGGCAGAGAUGUCAAACGCGUGACCUGGAAGAAACAACAUGCCAGCAUGCUCACAGCUGUGACUGACAUGAAGCUUACCACUGAAGUUACUCUUAACUGUACACACACACACUCAGAAACUGUACAUUAUGCUAAACUUAUCACUGUAAAACUUGAAGAGUAAAAGUAUGAAGAAGGUGAUGAAGAGGAGCCCAGAGGGACUGACAGAUCACCUCAGCAGUUUGUAUUUGAGCCUCCAGCUGCAGAGCAAACUACUCACUACACAACUGGAUGUCCAGAUGUUUUCAUUUUACUGUAACACAGUAACAGAUACACACUGAUGUGGUCCAGCAGUGCCUGUUGUGGAGGACUGUAGAAGACAAACUAGGUCUAUGUUCUCAGAACUGGUUUGUUGGAGGAUUGAACUCUGAACUGGAUGAACAGCACUGAAAAUGUUUCUCGUGUUCUCAUCUAUCUGGGUGAGAAGAUUUCCCCAAACAGCAGGUUUCUUUUGAACAUUACAGCACAGCCUGGUUCACUUUGAGACCAGAAACCCCCACCUGGAGUCCAGACUAAGAAGGCCCACCUGGUUUCCACAUGUCAUCACAUAUUCAACUUCAACUUUGAGGAUAUGUUGUCCACUGCUGAAGAAAACACAGAAACUGAAGUUGGAAAGCCCUGAGAGUGCUGGAUGUGUUAAAGUGGCUGUUGAUCUGAUAUAAAAUGAAGUGCCACACCACAUGUGGUUCCUGAGGCUUUCUGCUUUAUGUUUCUGGUCUCAGGCUCAGGGUGUCCACAUGGUGUGUAUGUGAGGCUACAUGAAGAAAAGCUGCUGCACUCAGCAACAUUUGACAGAACUUUUCUGAAAGAAAACUGUCACCAUGGUAACCAAGAGACUGAAGCAGAAGCAGCUCUGGCUUGUACGAUCUGUCAGAAAGAGGACAACAUGGAUGGAGGAGGAGAUGUGUAGAAGAUGGAGGAUUCUGCUGAGCUCUGUUCUUCCAUCACUGAACAUGUUGAAAUCUUAUGAGCUUAGCCAACACCAACAUGAGCGAGCUGUUUUUAUUUUAGAUAAGACGAACAGCUUCUCGGUGCACUUCUCUACCAGAGAAAACCACCAUGUGGACAAACUAGCUGAGACAAUCGAGGAAGACAACUAUUAGAUUGUCAGUCAGCCUGGUGAAACCUUCAUUGUUCUGAGUCGCACUGACAAACUGUGAAAACAAACCCUCCUGUGUGAAAAUGUGUUUCAUAAAAAUUGUUUAGGGUUACAGAUGUGGAGUCCAGAGGCUCUCCGUGAAUCUGGAGAACCUAGUUAGGCACAGAUGGAGACCUCCUCAUCCUCUGUGACUCCCAGUGUAACUGACAUCUCGUUCACACUCUGUUGGUCUCCUGUGAUGUGAGCAGCGAGUGUAAAGUGUGUUAAGCUGGAUCUCACAGCAGAAAGGCAGAUGAGGGAACACUUUCAUUCAUAUGAAACAUUUUUUUAUUGUUUUUUUUUAGUGAUGAUUGUAACACAUUUUUCUACCAUAAGCUGGAUAUUUAGUGUUUUUAUUUCAUCAGGUAGUUUCUGUGGUAACUGAGUUUCCAGCUGUCUCGCCCUGCUUUGGAAAGGUUUGUGACUGACAGAUUUCAUGUGUCAUAGUUCAAUAUUUCAUCAUUGGAUCCACCACUUAUCUGUUUUUAUAUAUUUUAUUGAUUUACUUGAAGUUAGAGGAGACAAACCGAAGGCAGUUUUAGUUUGAUUAAACAAAAGGACCUGUUCGUUUUCUGAACGGUGUCUACUGUAGUUGUUGUGUUCUUUGUGUGGCCACUUCCCUCUCAGCUUCCUCUGCAGUGCUGAACAUCGUCUGAUGGAACUUGCAUAACUUCAGGUGUUUAAACGAUUAUCACCAACUUUAUUACAGGCCUUCAGUGUCUGUGAUCAGAUUGCAGAGAUGAUGAAGAGCUGAAAGGAAAGAAACCAGCUCUGUUCCUGUGAUAAUGUUGGAGUUAAUGAUAAAAACUGGAUGGUUGUGGUGACUUCAGAUGUUCAUGUAACUGAUGAUGAAGAGGAAGGAUUGUUGAGAUAUGAACAUAGAUAUUAGACAUGUUGAAGCAGCUAAAAGUCUUCAUCAUGUGAGAGCACCCUCAUUCAACAGAAAUGAGAACAGAAGUGUGAACAGUGUUAGUUUGCCUCUAGCAGCUUAGUUCUGUAGUAGUUAGUGUUGAUACUGAAGUUAGGUUUACAGUAAACGGACAGCCAGCUGAAAAAGUAGCUUGAUGCCAGAAGUGAAGUAAGAUGGCAUCUUUUUUGUUUUGUUUUGUUUUUUUGUAUUUAUAUUCAUGUCUAUCCUGAAUCAAAUCAGUUGUCGCCAGUGAUCUGUAUGAAGCAAGUUCAGCUUGGCAGGUGUGAGCUCUGACUGUACCAAUUGUCUUCGUAAAAACUUUGCUUCCCCUUAGCUUUGAAAUAUUAUCUUAUUCCCCAUACUCCAAAAACACAACAUCAGCCUGUAUUGGCAAACAAUGUGAUGGACAGGAUUUGUUUUUCUUCCAGCAGCAGUGACUGUUGAGUCUCAGCAGACUGCAGUCAGUCCUCUACAGCUCAGGAUCAUACGUCUCAAUCUGUCAUUGGAAGAAGCGUUAAGAGGUUUUACUGAAGCAAAAACAUAAAAAAACUCCUUUACAUUUCUAUCAUGAAAGAUGAUGAAAUGAUGUAAUAUAAAUGACUUGAUGGAGUUCAAUAUGAGCCAGUUACUUUCUCAGCUGGUUGAUUUUUAACUUCAGGAAAUAAUCUGUUUGCUGAGACCGGACCACAGCGUUUGCUUCAUCCAACUAAAAUAAUGAAAGAAAACGCAAUGCAAUCCACUGUUACGUGAAAUUAGAUUUACAUAAUGUAAUAAUAUGCUGAGUUAAAAGGAGGGAGUUUCCUCAUGUCCUCUCCUGACCUGAACGUUGAACCUGGAACAGUUCAGUACAGCAGAAAGUGCUGCUACUCUGGCACCGUCUGUGUGGACGCAGGGUUAGUUUUCAUUUCUAACAAGGUCACAACAAUCGGUGUGGCCGGACGGUUUCUGGAGCAGUGGGAGUUAAAACACAAAAUUCCCUGAGGUUUGUGUCUGCGGUGUGUCAGCUGGAGGGAUCAGAAUGUAAACCCUGUUUGAAAAACAUGAACAAAAGUGUGUUACGUAGCACAUAUGUGUGUAUCUUAAGAGGCAUCAUGCUGGAAACAGAGGACUUGAAAGAAAUUCUGCUUUUUAGUCCUCCUUUGUUGGAAGUGGUGGAUAAAUUUUGGAAGUCCGGUUGGUCUCAGCUCAGAACGCUGCGCUCACUCCAACUUCAAUCAAAGUCUGGGUUUCAUCUGGAACUGGUUUUGAUGCUCUGUGGAGCUCCCAGGACAAAUACUGACCCAUGUGAUCAAAGAGAUGCUUUCAGUGUUCUGCAGAUGUUUGAUUCCAGCUGUUGGUACCACAGACAGGUCUGUCAGUACCAGAGGGAAGCACCUGAUGGUCUGACAUUUGUCUUCUGUUCUACACUGGUACCAUCAUUCAUCCUGUGUGACCUGUUAAACUCUCCACUGUGCAAUAGUUUUGUUUACUUUUGUGUGUAUGUUUCAGAUCAGUCUGAUGUUAAUAGCUUGAUAUGUAGAAAAUGUUUGUGUUUUUCUGUCCCCGUCUUUCAUUUGGUUCGACUACCUGCAAGUUCAUUAAGCUCUUUGCUUUCUGACACUCAGUAUUAUUUAAAUAUCUACAAGUGAAAAAGAAAUAUUUAUGGAUUAAUGAUGAAUGAAAAAUAUAUUUACAGCUUAACGUGUUUAGUUUAGACGGAGAUUUAUUUCAUUUUGACAUGAAACUUUUGAACUCACAGACAUGUUUUAAAAUUAAGUUUUUCUAACAGAAUUUGGGGAACUUGUUUUAGACUUGGUUAACUUUAAGUUAGGUGAAUUUAUUUCCUUCUCCUCCUCAUAGCAACAUAAUCUAACCUGUCCAGAAGCAUCCAGUCUGUGUAUUCUUACCAGUGACCAAGUGAGGACUAAUGAGAAAAAGUCAGAUUAUAGAGAACCAGUUUUAGUUAAUAGUUGUGGAGAGUUGGUUUGCUCUAACAGUGAUCCUCUUUUCACACUCACUGCUGUUUACUAGAAUAAUUACUUCAAGACUUUGAGCUGCUGUCUGAUUUAUCUGUUUGAUGAAGAUGGUUCCAGCAGUAGAGCUGAACUCUCCUGCAGGCCUCAUUAAAACCAGAUAUCAACUCUAAAAACACUGAUUUCUAGUCUAACUUUGGUACUUAGUGGUGCAAAUUAGCACCAAAAACCUGCUGGGCCUUCCUACACUGCUCCACCUCCCUCAUCAUCCUCCUUCUCCUCCUCUUCCUGGUUCUGGAGGUGUUUUAGGUGCAGCCUGCUGGUUAACAGCUUCAGUGACUUAAAAGUGCAGAAACAUGCAGGAAGAACUUUUAAAAAUAUGUGUAUAUUUCUGUGUAGCAUUUAGUGCUGUUUUACUAUCAGAGAUUUGCACAUGUAGAAGAAAUGCAGCAUGAGACAAACUGAAUUUAACAAUCAGAAAUAUCUUGUUUGAAUGGAGAUCAGGCAGCAGCAUCCCCCUCAUGAAGGAGAAAAACUUACACUUUGACAUUAUAAUGUUUCUUAUUUUUUUUAGACUUGAAGUUUGUUGUUGUUUUUAUGAUUCUGAAAACUCACCAACAUCUCCAUUUUUUAAGUUUACUCCUAUCAGCCUCCAGCUGAAUUUUACUGAUGAGUUAGUUACCUGGUUAGGACAAACCAGAUGGUUAGUCUAGAGAAGGUAUUUAAGUUUGACCUGUUUAGAUUUUAUUAUUUUUUUAUUAUGGAUUUAAUUUAGUUUUACAUCAGUUAUUUGUCACUGCUCUUUGCUGAGUGCUGUAAGGGAGGGGCGAUCAAGGUGGGUUGUGAUGCUGUUAAGAAAAAAAAAAUGCUGCUGUUCCUGAUGAUGUCAUCAACCCUGCUACUGGUGAGCUCUUUGUAAAUAAUCUGUGAUUCCCAAG